UUCAUCGUCAGUCGUAAUAAAGCUUCGUUUCAGUUCACAGCUAUACAUAAGCUAAAUUAAUGACGAACUAUAAUACUUAAUAUUGUUCUUUUGUAUACAUAUAUAUUAUCGGGAUAGUCUGCUUUUUAUUGCAGGUAGUAUAUUUGCCGGAUCGGAACUGGCCGGACUACACUUUCUCAUGGCUGUAAUAUAUAUUAAACGAUGACUGGCUGUAACAAAAUGGUUAUUUUCGGUAUAUUUUACGCAAUUGUAAUAAUUAGUGUAGAAGGUGCGCCCCAGCAAAAAUCGAACGCACAAAAAAACAUAGAAGAAAUAUUUAACACCAAUGUCAACAAUCCGUUACAACAAAACAGAGGAAUUGGAUUAAUCGUUACACCCGAGCCCAUAAAUGCAAUAACACCACAAAACUUUAAUUCUAUUAGUGGAAAGACAGCAGCAUGCAAUUGUGUUCCAUAUUAUAAAUGCGACCCUUCAACCAAUAGUGUGACAGAAGAUGAAUCAUUUGAUGGGUUUGGGGUAAUCGAUAUUCGAUUUAACGCCGAUGAUCCCAUAUGCCCGUCAUCUGUAGAUGUGUGUUGUGCUGAUAACAGAACUCGUGAAGAGGUAUUGAACCCGACGCCGUUGAAUCAAAGGCCGAACCAACCACGAGGCUGCGGUAUUCGGAAUACCGGAGGGCUAGAUUUCACUCUUUCUGGGGCCUCUCAAAAUGAAGCCGGCUUUGGCGAAUUUCCAUGGACAGUAGCUUUAUUACAUAUUGGAAAUUCGAGCUAUUUCUGUGCUGGAUCACUUAUACAUCCCCAAGUAAUUUUGACUGCAGUACACUGCAUUGAACCUCACGGUCCAGAAACUAUGAAGGUUCGUGCGGGGGAGUGGGACUCGCAAACAACAAAAGAACGCCUACCGUAUCAAGAAAGAACAGUGCAAAGCACAAUAAAGCAUCCUAAAUACAAAAGCAGAAACAUUGCUAAUGACUAUGCACUUGUGGUUCUCAGUCAGCCUUUUAAUUUGGAUGAUCACAUUAAUGUUGUAUGUUUACCACAACAAGGAGCUAUUCCUAAUCCAGAAACCACGUGUUACUCUACAGGCUGGGGUAAGGAUGUGUUUGGUUCUCUGGGAAAAUAUAGCGUCAUAAUGAAGCGUGUGCCCUUGCCUGUUGUGGAUUUCGACUCUUGUCAAUCUCGAUUGAGAAGCACUCGACUUGGACCUAAGUUUGCACUAGAUAGGUCGUUUAUGUGUGCGGGAGGUCAACGUGGUGUUGACACUUGCCAGGGCGAUGGUGGAGCCCCACUUGCGUGUCCUAUUGGUCAAGCUUCUGAAAAUAGAUAUCAGCAGAGUGGCAUUGUUGCUUGGGGAAUUGGCUGUAAUGAUGAGGUACCAGCCGCUUAUGCCAGUGUAGCCCUAGCACGCGAUUGGAUUGACCAGCAAAUGUUAGCAGGCGGUUUUGGGACGGCUGUGUACACCGCUUGAUUUCUAGGAAUCUCAAGCUAAUGUUAAAACAGAUGUAUAAAUAAAUAAAGAUUAACAACCAUAAAA